AUGGCUCUCAAGCUCAAACAACGCAACACCGCCAACAAUGGCUCUGCAUCAACGGUAGAUACGCCUGCGAUCGUGCGCGGGGUUAUUAAUGAUAUUCGAGCGAAGGGUGAUCAGGCCGUGAGAAGUUAUUCUGAGAAGUUCGACAAAUGGAGUCCCGCAAGCUUCAAGCUCUCAGAGGAGGAAAUACAGCAAAUCAUUUCAACUGUGCCGAAGCAGAUCAUCGAUGAUAUUAAGCAGGUUCAAAAAAAUGUUCGGACUUUUGCCCUGGCGCAAAGAGACUCUAUUAAAGACUUCGAGCUGGAGAUUCGACCAGGUGUGCAUCUGGGUCAGAAGAAUAUCCCGAUUAAUUCAGUUGGAGCAUACAUCCCUGGUGGCCGCUACCCCCUCCUAGCCUCAGCUCAUAUGACGAUCCUCACUGCCAAAUGCGCCGGAGUUCCUCACGUUACUGCAUGCACGCCUCCUAUUCUAGGGAAAAUCCCCGCUAAUACUAUUGCUGCCAUGUAUUUUGCUGGAGCAGACGAUAUCUAUGUCCUGGGUGGUGUCCAAGCUGUGGCUUCGAUGGCUAUUGGGACUGAGACCAUGAAGAAGGUGGAUUUCAUUGCUGGACCGGGUAAUGCGUUCGUUGCAGAGGCCAAGCGCCAACUCUUUGGAGAGGAGAUUGGUAUCGAUCUCCCAGCUGGACCGACAGAGGUCCUUAUCGUCGGCGAUGAACAUGCAGACCCAUUUGUACUAGCUACAGAUCUCCUGUCACAGGCAGAGCAUGGUCCUGAUUCACCAGCGGUUCUAAUUACAAAUUCGAAAGCUGUUGGUGAGAAGACCAUUCAGGAAGUGGACCGUCUUCUGAAAGUCUUGCCGACCGCGGAUAUUGCUGGAGUUUCCUGGGAUCGUCUUGGAGAGGUCAUUGUUGUCGGAAAUUUGGAUGAGGCAUACAAGCUUGCAGACGAGUAUGCAUAUGAGCAUGUCCAGAUUCUGACUCAAAAGCCUCGCGAGGCAUUGGAGAAGAUGUCCAACUACGGUGCCUUGUUCUUAGGCGAAAAGACUUGUGUUUCCUAUGGCGAUAAGUGCAUUGGAACCAAUCAUGUUCUCCCAACUCGAGGUGCAGCUAGAUACACUGGCGGUCUAUGGGUGGGUAAGUAUUUGAAAACUGUUACCUAUCAAGAAGUAACAUCGGAGCACGAGAGUGGCGAACUGGGUCGUCUUUGUGGGAGAUCUGCACGCGCGGAGAAUUUUGAGGGCCAUGCUCGUUCUGGAGAUGCUCGGGCUCAUCAAUACUUGGGCGACAAGUUUGAUUGGAUCUAG